CGAAGAACAGCUAUAUACAAGCUUGUCCUGGCGGCGACGCGUAUUUCAAGACCUUCUCAGUGUUGGGAAUGGAUACUAGUUCCAGUCUCAUCCGUGUUUUUCUCUUCAUUUUGGCUGGGCCAUGCGCGACGAAAUCCUCCUACGCAAGCAUUUUGCAUUGUCAGCGACUGGUGCCACCCGAUAUUACUUCCGCUUUGACUCCCUGCCGAUUCCCAUGCAUAACAAGAUACCUCAGAGCACCUUUCAACAUUAUUAUGCAAUCUGAACCCGAUGGAACACCGUGCAGGCAUAUGGGCCAUUGCAGUGCCGGGGCCUGCCUCGAUAUUGGCAAUAAUGCUGCACCGGAUCACUUCGAAUUUGGGCCCAGCUCCGGCAUGACAAGCUAUCACAACAGCAAUACCAACGGCGACACUCAUGCUGGCAGCACUGCAGUCUCAACUAGCGGCGGCUAUGCGAGAUACGGCUUUCUCAGUGAAGCAAAAGUGAUUCCGUAUACCGACCAAGUUAUGAGCGAAAAUGGAAAGGAAAACAGCGCACCUUUAUUUGCCAAAGAACUGAGCGCUCGAAGUGCACUUCAGCAUCUGUUACGUGUGAAACGUGCGGCGAGACGCUCCAAAGAAGGAGGGCGUGACGGCAUCGAAACGUCUGAAAGCGGAAAACACAUUUCCCUGGCAAGAGUCAGAAGGAGCCGUAAAAAGCGCAGAAGAAACAGAAAAGGUGGUCGUCCUCAAAACCAUCACAUUGGCUAUACUUAUGUCAAUGGAAACAUGUACGGAGCUGGAAGUGGCGUGUAUGGCGCGCCAUAUGGCCCACGGAACCCUUCUGUCAUUAUAGUUGGCUCGCCACGCAAAAAAAGUAAAGUUAAAAGUUUACUGAAAGGAGCGGCCGUGGGCGUGGCCGCAGGCGGUGCGGGUAUCGCCACUUACAAACUUUUUGAAACAGGAACGAAGCCCAAACACACGAGUUCUAAUGGAGCUGGAGGUGUAGAAGCCAAAUUCCCUCCACCUAAUAGAACCGACGCAGAGGGGAACGCAGCGGGCGCUCAAGGCACCGCAAAAGGGGAUACAGGCCAAACAGGAACCGGCACGCCGGAGACCAAUGGCGGUGGAGAAAACGACGAGAAGAAUAAAACCGAUGGUGUUGAAGCCGGCGCGAGCCCGAAAGGCGAGGGCACUGCAACGGGCGCGACCGAGGCUACUGGCACCGACGAGGCACGAAGCACCAAUGGCAGUAAAACCGGCGCAAGCCAGGACGCUGUAACUGACAAGACCAAGGAAACCGACAAUACUGCAACCGACACGACCGAUGCCGCAAAGAGUGCAGCAACCAGCAUUAGCGCCAAUGGCCAGGGGCCUGGAACGGACGCUACCGAGAAAACCGCCGCUACAGCAACAGGACAAGCCGUAGGUACUGGAUCCAGCUCGAUCGAGAAAAACACCGACAACGGGCGUAGUUCUUCUGCACUCCCGACAGUACCGGUGUACGCAGAAGUACCGGGAGGCUCAAAAGUAUCAUUCACAGUCAACAGCACUGGCAUUCACAUCCAGGUUCACAAAGACAGUGAAGGGAGCAGAACUUAAAAAAAGAAAUAAAUAUUACACGGGAGGCCCAUCUCCAAGUAACGAAUAUAAAUAGCUCUGGCAGAGGAGGGUCCUCUAGGAAGCAACCUAACUCUCAUUUGCGAGAGUUUCCGUAUCGCCACUGGUACACUGGUGAUGGAGCACAGACAGGCAAAGGGCAAACAUGUCAAUCUAUUUCAAUUAGUAGAGGCGGUGGUCAUUUAGCAAUAGCUAAAAAAUAGGCAUGUCAUCACACGGCGGUGCCUAAUUGUGGUGAUUAGGAUAAUAAUUUAGGGUUAUUGAUUCGACUAAUACGUCUUGUUUCGUGGUGGCUGCAGAAUUGACUACGAAAGGUACGUAAUUAGGCGCUGGGAAAUAAUUUUCACCAAGUGAACGUACGUACGCCGUAUCCUAAAUCUAAGCUCACGCGCGUCUUUGCAUUCCCUUUCCAUCUUAAUUCCUCUUAAUCUCGGUUCGCAGGACACCAAAAUAGGCGAGUUAUAUUAGCCAGUAACAUCAUCCAGUAAGUAAAAUGUCUAUGCUUUCACGCCAAAACAUUACCAGCGCAUAUUUCGAAAGUCACACUAGCGAAACAAUUGCCGGUAUAUGUACUUGCUUCAGGCAGUGAACUGCUUCAGUUUGUCGUUUUGAAAUGGAAUCGUAGACAAAAUUUAUUCGAAAGUUUAUUUGUGAUUUUAUAAUGGCAACUUAACUGUACACUGCAGGAUUUAUUUUGCAGGUUAACGCUGCCUGAUAAAAUAUUCCAGCUCAACUUAUAUGCGCUGUUUCACCAUCCGAAAACGGUUUUUGAAUGGAAGAAAAAAAAAUUAAUGAAUAAUCAAGCUUAUUUUUCCUAUGUAUAGUGUUAAUAAAAUGUUUUUUAUGUUUUA